ACCAUAGCGUUCUACUUAUUCAAGGACCCCAAUGCCAUCAUGAACUCUGGCUUCGUUUUGUUGUUGUCCACCUCCAUGCAAUUGCCUAUUGUAGAGAUCGACGACUACAACCCAAUUUUCGGGAUCCUCGCGCUCUUGUUUGGAGUCUUGGCCAUGUCGGAUCUCGUGCCAUUGUUCGAAGCCAACACAAUGUACUUUGAAUCUAUUACUCCGUCGCGUUUGGUAGUCUUCUUCAGUCUUGCCGCGUACUCCUAUCUCGGCGACUCUCUCUACUUCUGUAACAACAUUGUGUUCAUUUACUGCUUCAUGGAGGUCUGGUUUAACAUGUUGUUGUUCUCCAGUUUAAAGGACGAAAAGUAUACCCGCAUCAAGGCGGAAAUUGAGCGCUUGCAGAGUGAGGAGUUUGACGAUGAGACGAACAGCGCCCAAAGAUUUGAAGAGAUCAUGGAGGACAUCAAGGAUCAGGCUGCCCAAUAAGCGCAUGGCUGCUCAAGCAGCAUCAUGAUUGAGUGGGUUUCUAUGCUCAUACAUUCAUACUUCUAUGGAUCCUUCACGUUAGAGGACGCCUGUCUUUGUGAGUGGCAUGGGACAUAAAUAUCUGCGUUCACCCCGAGUCAUCUGCAGUUGUAUAUAUAUUUUAAGUACUGUAUAUUGGCUAUAUAAUAUCUAUCACAGAC